GUAUUUUUAAUUAUUAUUUUUUUUUUUACUUUUUCCUUUCAGUAAGAGACAAUAUGUUUAUACAUAAAAGUAAAUUACUGAAAAAAGAUCAUACGACUAUAAAACCGAAAGCAACUCUGAAUGUUCGCAAAAUACAACCGUGAUCAAGAUUCUUCUUCGUCUCAUACCACCAUUUUCUGUUCGUGUAUAAAACAUAAUAGGUGGUUUUCUUUUGUUGAAAAAUUGAAAAUUUUUAUAGAAAAGUUGUUGCAUCAGAAUGUCUAUCGAUAUGAAUCAACGGAUUCUAAUUCAGCCACCGAUAGCGAAGAAAGUACAAUUUCAGGUGUGAAAAUCGGCAUAAAGACAGUUUGUCAAGGACGUAUGCCAACUAGGCGGCCCAAUCCAAAUGUCCAAAAUAGAAAUGCCUUGUUGGCACGGGAAAAUCGUCGAAAGAAGAAAGCACAUUUAGAAGCAAUGGAAAAAGAGUUGGAGGAAGUGCGAGCGGCCAAUAAGCAACUUAAGAAGGCGUUAAAGCAGCAAAUGAAAACAGUAGGCCAACUUCAACGAGAGAAAAGGUAUUUUCAGAGCGUUAUUGCAAAUCACAAAGAAAUAGAGAAUCUUAUUAAAGCUCUGAAUGUUCGAAUGCAUGUUCAGCAGUCUCCGACUGUUAAUUCGCCAAUACUGAGUUCUCCCGCUCAUUCGUAUGGCAGUCAGCAGUUACAACAAUCUUCAAGUAUUUUACGGCAAACGAACAGUGUGGACAAUAUUGAAUGGAAUGUCGCCUCCAUGUCGGAAAAUUCGGAUAAUGGUAGCGUUGGAAUUUCAUCAGAGUUUUCUUUUCAAGAUGAUCCUAUAGAAAUGUAUAACAUUUUUGAAAAUUUAUCCUCAGAUUUUAUGCCUUCGUCAGCAUUUAAUAAUACAUGGCCCGAUAUCCUACAUGAAGACCUAGGAACUAAGGGUUUAAAAAAAUUAACUACAGUUGGAGGAGAGCAUAGUUAUGCCGAUGUUGAUCAAGUGCCUUCACUUGAAAAUAUAGAAUUUGAUGCGGGCAUUUGCUUACAUAUAAGGCAAGGAAAAGUGUCUUUAGAGUUUUGCCCCAAUUGCAGUUGGAAUUCUAAUGAUUAUCCAACUGCAAAUAUAGUGCAAAAUUAAUUGUUAAUUAAUUUGUUCUUUUUUUACUUUUAGAAAACUAGUCUAUUAAUAUUAUUUAUUCUUUAAUGAAAUGUAAAGUUUUUUCCUCGCUAAAUCGGAGUGCAUAAAGUAUUAAGCGUACUAACUUGCAGUCAACAGCUCUAAACCUAUUUACAACAAAAAUGAAAUCUUCGGGUUGCUGUCUUACGAAACGAAUCAUGGUAAUUCGGUAAAUUAUUCAGGGGGGUUGUAGAAUCUGAUAGUUGUCGGAAUCAGAAUUGAAACCGAUAAGAAAAUGUAGUAGGUGCCAUGAAUGGAGAUAAGAUUGGUUUGACGUUCGAAACAGAAAUUGUAUGGGUUUUGGGUGUCACGGAAACCAAUUUUAUCAGUUUUGUUAUCAGAAAAAAAUCAAGAAGAUUUUUGCUGACAGAUUUGAAAUGUAAGUUAAGAAUAUAAUUUAUAUUAUUGUUACGAUUUAAUUUAUCGUUAUUUCUAUAGGGGAAAACAUAAGAAUAAAAAUAAAAAUGUCAUAGUUAUCGAGUUUAUAGAAAAAAUCAAGAUAUUUUAAGGGAAUUUACAAAACGUAAUUUACCACCCAAAUGCGUCUUUAUACAGUCGCUAAUGUGAUAUAAAUCUGUAAAGUAAGCAUCUAUAUAAAUAUACAAGUAAAUGCAAGCCAAAUUUACAUGCGACUCCCCUGGUGCAUCAAGUGGAUUGCUGUGAUCUUUUAAUAUAUUCCUUUUAUUUUUUUCGUUGCUUUUUUUCUUCUAAAAUAGCGGAACUCAUUGUAAACUUUAGUAGACUUCAUUCAGCAUUUAAAAUUUAUAAAACGCUUCCUAAUUUAUUCAUUUGCAAAUUUUGUCACAUUAGUAAACAGCUGAUUCGAAUAUUGGUUUUGCAUAUGUUCAAAAAGGCGCAAAUUCGAUCAGAUCUGUUACACCAUUGAAAAUCAGAAUUAGUUUGCAAUUCUGGCAACUACCCAAGUCCAUUGUAUAAGCUAAGUAGAUUUAUACAAUGCCCAAGUCUGUCUUGGAUUCCACAACACCCCUGAUUGUUUUAAAUUUUAUCAUAGCUUGAUUGAGUUUAUUAAGUAAAAUAAUCCAUUUAUAAAAAUGCUUGCAAAUUGGACCACAUAUUCUUUAUAUUUUAGAGCACUCCGAAAUAUAUUCGAUGAAAUGUUAUUUGAACGUAUCAAUCUUAAAAGAUUUACUAUAAUUAAAUUAAAAUUAAUUAUAUUUGUUAACAAAAUUAUAUACUAGAUUCGGUUUCUGUAAUGGCUAAAGCUGUUACAAUGAUGCAUUUUGAAUUGAACACUUUAACUUGUAGAAAAUAUUCGAAAUGAGAUUUCAGUUAUGAAGUUAGGCUAUUUAUAUAUGACUACGGGAAAAAAAAUUGUCAAAUUAACAUGCUAAAACUAUAGUUUAUUUCAUUGAAAAAAAAAAACAUGAUUAUUUCGUGUCGUCAUUUCUAUUGAUGUUAAUCUAGAUUGACAGAGUUUGGAGCGCCACCAGUACGUAAACGUGUGUUGGCCCUUAAUUGUUGCCCAUGUUGGCUAUCGUCAUCAUCGUCAUCGAAUCCUUGGAAUAAGCGCGUAAAUAAGUCACCAAACAUGCCUCCCAUUAAGCCUCCUCCAGUUGUUGUAGAUGGCGGUGCAACACCAAAGAAAUGUAUUCCUAUUUUGACCAAAUAUUUCUCGAACGAAGGAUCUCUAUUCAACGAUGGUUUAUAUAGAUCACACAAAGCACGAAAUGUGUCAUGUCGUCCAGUGUCGAUACAACGAAACAAAAAGUGUAUAAAGUUUAAUAGCGGUUGUUUGAAUGGAGCCUCAUUACGUCUAAUGCUCGAAUGAUUUGAAGUGUAAGAUAUAAAAGUAUCUUCAGCCGUCUUCCGAUCUUUUAAACAUAAUUGUUGUAGUACAGCCUGCACGAUAAAUAAAUCCAAUUCGUUUUUGUAGCCUUUA